UUUAAAUAAAUAAAGAAAAAAUCACAAAACGUUAAAGUUCAAAUGAAAAUGAAACAAAUCUUCGUGCUUUGCAUAUUCUCACUCUUUGCCAAAGAUGCACAAACUUUGCUCCUAAGCCAAAUGGAUUGGAAGAAUCUGCGAAACAGUGGAGCCUUGGACUUAAAUGUCUUACGCUGUUUUCUGCGAGACAAAAACUAUUGUCCCAGUCCACAUAUCGAUCACCGUCUGUAUGCUCCCAAUGGACCGCGUCGUGGAAUUCCAUUAAAUGUCAAGAACCCAAUGUCCCUAUACAAAGGUGGAUUCAACAAACACCGCGAAACUGUCUUCAUAAUUCACGGAUUCAAUGGAACUGCAAUAGAUAUUCACCUGCAAUUUCUUAGGGAUGCUUACUUAUCGCGGGAUUUCAAUGUCAUCACCGUAGACUGGCGACCUUUGACCCGCUAUCCGUGCUACCUCCACUCGCUAAUCAACACCAGACUAACGGCGCAGUGCACCGCCCAGAUCUACGCCUUCCUCACCCACUACGGUGCUGCUCCGGAGCGGAUCACAUGCGUGGGUCACUCCCUGGGCGCCCACAUCUGCGGCAUGAUCAGCAAUCACCUGACGCGAAAACAGUACCGCAUCAUUGGAUUGGAUCCCGCACGGCCUCUAAUAGAGCGCAUGAAGAGCAAUAAGUUUCGGUUGUCCAUCGACGAUGCCAACGUCAUCCAGGUGAUCCACACCAAUGCCGGAUUCCUGGGCCAGGAGGACAACAACGGGCACCUCAACUACUGUGUCAACGGUGGACGCAUACAGCCGUUCUGCAAAGGAAAUCCAAUCAGGAAAUCGCGGUGCUCGCACUUCUUGAGCAUCUGCUACUUGGCCACUGCCACGUUCAAGCACAAGAAGUUCAUGGGAGUACCGUGCCCCAAUGGAUGCCUGAAUCUCAGUGGAUCCAAGCGACUGCCAGUAAGCGGAAAGGUGAAUCCCUUCGAGUUCGCAUCGCUGAUAAGGGAGUACCACAUAGGCAACGACGCCCCCGAUGACGCCCGAGGCUGCAUUUGCAUUGAUGUGCCGUAUGCAAAGCACUGCCCCUUUACGGACGCGUAGGAGCUGGACUUCACGGACAUUUCAUUACAGAUGCUUGGCCCAACCGAACAUUUACUUUCGAAACAGCCAAGUGGAGAAUGGCUCUGUCUUGGCUGACAAAAGAUAAAAGCUGUAAUUGAGCUACAAUAUAUUACACGCC